AUGCCUCCAUUCAAUACUCUUGAAAGAGAAAACUUGUUUCGGAAUCCUUCUAAUGAAAAGUUUGGAGCACCUGCUUUACAGGAGGCAGUUGCCCCACACAUUGAAGCAUUCAACAGUAUUACAGAGUUUGGAGAAGGACAGCCAGGAUUACUAGACUACGCUAUACAAGACCUUGGCACCAUGUCAGUAUUUGAUAAUGCAGACAGUAGCAUCAAUGUCGACCCUAGUGGAGCCCCACUUGGCAAUAAGCUCACUUACUGGGUUGAAGACCCCAAACUUCACCAACCUAUGGUCAGUGAACGAGAUACGACAACAUUGAAGAGAAGAACCUAUCCAAGCGAAUGCCGUGAACGUCUUUGCACAUACCGUGGUAGACUUCAAGUCAAGCUUUGCUGGAGAGUCAACAAUGGCCCUGUUCAGUCAGACAUUAGAGAUCUUGGACAAGUGCCAAUCAUGGUCAGGUCUAACCGCUGUAAUCUCAAAAAUAUGUAUCCCAAAGAACUCAUUGCUCAUCAUGAAGAAUCAGAAGAAAUGGGUGGCUAUUUUAUUGUCAACGGUAUCGAAAAGUUGAUUCGUCUUUUGAUCGUUCCUCGUCGCAAUCAUGUCACUGCCAUCAUCCGUCCCUCCUUCCAAAAUCGUGGUCCAAGCUACACUACCUUUGGUUGUUCUAUCCGUUGUGCUCGCCGUGACCAAACAACGUUGACAAACACCAUUCACUACUUGAGCGACGGUAAUGUCAUGUUCCGUUUUGCUUGGCGUAAACAAGAAUACCUUUUACCAGCCAUGCUUGUAUUCAAGUCAUUGAUCGAUUGCUCUGACAAGGAAAUUUUCGACGCACUUUGUCAAGGAGAUACAUCCAACACUUUUUUGACAGAUCGUAUCGAACUUUUACUAAGAUCCUUCAAGAUUUAUAACCUUUACACCCGAGAGCAAUGUCUGAGCUAUUUGGGUGAAAAGUUCAGAGUCAUUAUGGGGCUUGAUGAAGAUUUGACAAACCUGGAAGUUGGUGAAGAGCUUAUGAAGAAGCUUGUGUUAAUCCAUUUGGAUAAUAACCGUGAUAAAUUCAAUCUGCUCGUCUUUAUGAUCCGCAAGUUGUACGCACUCGUCUCUGGCGAAUGUGUUGCAGAUAAUCCAGAUGCACCUCAGCACCAAGAAGUUUUAUUGGGUGGACACCUUUAUACGAUGAUCAUUAAAGAAAAGAUUCAUGACUGGCUGCAAUCAAUUAAAGCUCAAGUUCGUACUGAUCUUAGAUUGAAUCCUGCUAGAGUUGACUUUUUCAAUAAUACCUAUUUCCAAAACUCCUAUCGAAAGGUCAAUAGUGAUAUUGGUGGUAAAUUAGCAUAUUUCUUAGCUACGGGUAACCUUGUCAGUAAGACAGGUCUUGAUCUUCAGCAAUUCUCCGGUUUUACCAUUGUCGCUGAAAAGCUCAACUUCUUCCGUUACUUGGCUCACUUCCGUUGUAUCCAUCGUGGUGCUUUCUUUGCCGAAUUGAAAACCACCUCCGUCCGUAAGCUGCUUCCUGAAGCUUGGGGUUUCCUCUGUCCUGUACAUACUCCUGAUGGUUCUCCAUGUGGUUUGUUGAACCAUUUGGCACAUAAAUGUAAAGUCAUCAACCAGCCUCUUGAUGUGAAAGCUGUACCACGCUUGUUAGCAUCUCUUGGUGUUUCUCAAAGCUUCCUUCACACCAUUAACCGUCCUGGUGAUGUUGCUGUCAUGCUUGACGGAAAGAUCGUUGGCUGGUGUACACCCAAGACUGCCGAAAAGGUCGCUCAGAGCUUGAAGGUCUGGCGAGUGAACAAUGAAAAAGGCGUGCCUUUGGACAUUGAAAUUGCAUACGUCCCAUCUACAUAUGGUGGUGAGUAUCCUGGUCUUUACUUAUUCUCAUCACCUGCUCGUAUGAUGCGUCCUGUCAAGUUCCUCGGUAAUGGCAAGACAGACAUGAUCGGUACCUUUGAACAAGUAUAUAUGGACAUUGCUUGUAUGGAUGAUGAAGUUGUUCCAGGCGUCACCACUCACCAAGAGUUCACUCCUACCAACAUUCUUAGUAUCAUUGCGAACCAAACACCCUUCUCUGAUUUUAACCAGUCUCCCCGUAACAUGUAUCAAUGUCAGAUGGGUAAGCAGACCAUGGGUACACCUUCGACCGUGUUCAACCACCGUACGGACAAUAAAAUGUAUCGUAUCCAAACUGCUCAAACACCCGUGGUCAGAACUGAACUUUACAACCAUUAUGGCUUAGACGGCUGGCCACAAGGUACCAAUGCCAUUGUCGCUGUCAUCUCGUACACCGGUUACGAUAUGGAAGACGCCAUGAUCCUGAACAAGUCAGCACACGAGCGUGGCUUUGGUUAUGGUACUGUCUACAAGUCUGAAAUUGUUGAUUUGAACCAGUAUCGAGCUCGUGGAGAAGCCAUCACCUACCGCUUUGGUCUUGAUCCUAUCAAAGGCAAGAAAUACAAGAAUAUUUUGGGCUCUGAUGGUCUUCCUCAUAUUGGUGCUCAUUUAGUAGCAGACGACCCACUUUGCUGUUACAUUGAUGAAUCUACGGGUAAGGAUGUCGUCAAGAAGUACAAAGGUCCUGAAGAUGCCUAUGUGGAAGAAGUCCGUGUGUUGGGCGACGAUGCUGGCACCGGAGAACUUCAAAAGGUACACAUCAAGCUUCGUAUCACCCGUUCUCCUGUUAUUGGUGAUAAGUUUUCAUCCCGUCACGGACAGAAGGGUGUUUGCUCUCAGAAAUAUCCUGCUAUUGAUAUGCCAUUCACUGAAUCAGGCAUGCAACCCGAUGUCAUCAUCAAUCCCCACGCUUUCCCCUCACGUAUGACCAUCGGUAUGUUUGUUGAAAGCAUGGCUGGUAAAGCAGGUGCUUUACAUGGUAUCGCUCAAGACAGUACGCCUUUCAAAUUCAACGAACAAAAUACAGCUGCAGAUUACUUUGGUGAACAACUGAUAAAGGCUGGCUAUAAUUACUAUGGUAACGAACCCAUGUAUUCGGGUAUUACUGGUGAAGAAAUGAAAAUGGAUAUUUACAUUGGUGUUGUUUAUUAUCAACGUUUGAGACACAUGGUCAACGACAAGUUCCAAGUACGUACAACUGGCCCAGUACACAACCUGACAAUGCAACCUGUGAAGGGUCGUAAGAGACAUGGUGGUAUUCGUUUUGGUGAAAUGGAACGUGAUUCAUUAUUGGCACACGGCACAAGUUUCUUACUACAGGAUCGUCUCAUGAAUUGUUCAGAUUACUCUCAAGCCUAUGUCUGUAGAUUAUGUGGAUCUUUAGCAUCACCUAUUUGUACAAAGAUUGUUUCAUCCUUAGGCAACCGCCGUACAUACGAAUGUAGAACAUGUAACACAUCAAAGGGCAUUGACUUGAUCGCUAUCCCCUAUGUAUUUAGAUAUCUCACAACCGAAUUAAUGAGUAUGGGUAUCAAGUUAAACUUGGGCAUCAAGCCUUAA